AUGGAGUUCCCGGGCCACGGCGGGCGGCUGCUGGGCCGCCUGAGGCAGCAGCGCGCGCUGGGCUUCCUGUGCGACUGCACCGUGCAGGUGGGCGCCGCGCGCUUCCCCGCGCACCGCGCCGUGCUGGCCGCCUGCAGCGCCCACUUCCGCCUCUGCCUCCGCGACCGGCCGGCCGGCGGCCGCCACGUGCGGCUGGGCGGCGGCGUCACGGCGCCCGCCUUCGCGCGGCUGCUGGACUUCAUGUACGAGGGCCGCCUGGACCUGCGCGGGCUGCCCGUCGAGGACGUGCUGACCGCCGCCCGCUACCUGCACAUGGACGACGUGGUCAGCGCCUGCCGGGGCCGCCUCCGGGGCCAGGCCCGCGCGCCCCCGCCCCCGCCGCCCCCGGGGACCCCCGCGCCCGCCGCCGAGCCCGCGCGCCCGCCGCCCUGGCCCCUGCCCGCCGGGACCCCCGAGCUCCGCGCCGCCGCCCCCAAGCCCCGGCUCCCCGGGACCGCGCUCAGGGCCGCCCUCCCCCCGGGGGCGCGCGGGCCCCCUCCCUGGCAGGCCCCGGGGGAGCCGGACCGCGCCCUGGACCUGUCGCUGAAGCCCGGCCGGAGGCGGGAGCCCGGCCGCCCUGCGGUCCUCCAGGCCCCGCCCUGCGGCCCGAGGCAGCGGGGGGCCGGGCCCCCGGCGUGGGGCCAGCAGGACUCCCAGGCGUCGUCGGGGCCGGACAGCGUGGGCCCCCUGAGCGCCCCCGGCCCCCUGCAGUCCCCCCGCGUCCCCGCAGCCCGGCGCCUGGCGGGGGGCCUGGAGCCGCUGCCGGCGGGGCUGGGCGACCCGGGGCCGGGGCCGGGGCCGGAGCGGGAGGCCGCGGGGGACGCGCCCGGCGGCCGCCCCGGCACCUGCCCGCUGUGCGGCCAGCCCCUCCCCGGCGCCCACGCGCUGCAGCGGCACCUGAGCGCCCACUUCCGCGAGCGGGACGCCCGGCCCGCGCCCGGCGCGGCGCCCACCUGCGCGCUCUGCGGGAAGGCCUUCUCCUGCGCCUACACGCUGCGGCGCCACGAACGCACGCACUCGGGCGAGAAGCCGUUCGCGUGCGGCCAGUGCGGCAAGCGCUUCCAGUACGCGCACAACCUGCGCCGCCACGCCGUGGUGCACACGCGCGAGAAGCCGCACGCCUGCCGCACGUGCGCGCGCCGCUUCACGCAGUCCGGGGACCUGUACCGCCACGUGCGCAAGUUCCACGGCGGCCUGCCGUGA